AAUUAAUGAAAUAGAAACAUUACACACACUAUGAUAGUGUAGAGAGAGAAAGUUUGUAGAGAGAGAAAGAGGUCAAAUCGAGUGGCGAAAGGUUGGGUGUCUUCUUUACAAUUUUUGUGGUGGUGGUGUUAGUAUUACCCUAACAGGGUUUUUUCAUUUUCAGAGAGAGAAAAAAAAAAUCAAAACUUGAUAACUCAGAUAACAAUACUGAAGCUAGUUCCUUAUUCCAAUUCCCAGAAAAAUAUUAAUAAUCUUUCUACACUUCUUUAUCUCUCUCUUACCCUUUGAUUUCAUGCAAUUUUCAUUUAUGGAUCCCUUUGAUUUGAUUCGUAAAGGAUUUGGAUGAAGCUGUUUGGAACUUUCUUUUGCUGUUUUCAAAGUUUAUCUUUGUUAUAGUCAUUUUGUUCAUAUUAUAGUCUAGUUAAUAAUGAGUUUAUCAAAGAAAGGGUCUCCGACAGACACAAAGCUGAGCUCUCCAAACAAGGCUGCUUUGAAUCCAAAUGCCGCAGAGUUUAUUCCUUUUUCACUCAGAUCAUUGCCAUCUGGAAGUACUAGCUCGGUAGAUGCGACGACAAGGCUUACAACUUCUGGUUCUCUUGGGAAAGCAGUUUUAGAUAGAUCAGAAUCAUCUGUUUCUAAUAAUUCUGAUGACGAGGCCCACAAUUACUGGCGUUGCCAACUUCCAGAUGAUAUCACCCCUGAUUUCAAAGUCAUCAUGGAAGAAGAAGAGCCUCAAGGUCUUAACAACCUCUCUUUAGCAGGCUUAUCCAUACACGACGAAAAUGAGUCCUCAAUGUUUCCUUCUACUAAUGGAAGUAGAUAUAUACUAAAUGAGCAGCAAGAAUUAUCUCAACAGCACCUUAAUGGAAAUACCAUUGCUGAUAAGUUACGGUUUUCCAAUUCAACCUACCGGGAAGAACCAUCUUCAGCAAACUUUUUGAAUUCAUUUGCAAAGCCUUGGGAUAGACCAGUUGGGAAUAACAAUCUGCAUAGCAGCGGUCAAGAGGCACUUGCUUAUGAUGACAAUGCUAGGCAUGGAUUUUUAAAUGAUGUUUUGACUGAGAACGCUAUUGUGGAUGAGACUGAUUUUAAUCCUUUGGACUUUUUAGCUUCUCUAUUCCCUGGUUUUGCGUCAGAAAGCCUUGCUGAAGUUUACUUUGCCAAUGGAUGUGAUUUACAUUUGACCAUUGAGAUGCUCACUCAGUUAGAGAUCCAAGUCGAUAGUAAUUUCAUCCAGAACCCAAGUCCAAAGACGCUGUCAUCUCCCAAUUUGACUGGAAUGGACUUUCCAGCACUUGCUUCAACAAACGGCCAGACUACUGCUGCAAAAUAUGCAGGAGAUAAUGUUCAACAAAGUGGCAGUCCUUACUUACCGAGUGGCAAAGACUUGCUCAUGUUCAAAUCUGGCUCUUCUUUUCCAUCUAGAGGUGCUACUGACUUCGCUUCAGCUGUCAGGAAAUUGGCUUCUCAGGAUUCUGGAAUAUGGAAGUAUGAUAGAAAUGGUUCUGGUGAUGCUUCCACUGGAUCAAGUAGGAGUUUAAAUGUUCUUGCUAGUGCCUACAAUGGCGGACAGGGGAGAGCUAACCUUGGGGAUAGGUUUCAAAACCGUGGUUCUGGCCGGCCAGCUCCUGUCUGGCUUGAAACUGGUGACGCUGUUGCAAAUAUGUAUUCUGAAUUCCGGGAGGAGGCUCGUGAUCAUGCACGCUUACGUAAUGCAUAUUUUGAGCAGGCACGGCAAGCUUACCUUAUUGGCAAUAAAGCUCUUGCAAAGGAGCUAAGUGCUAAAGGGCAACUGCAUAACAUGCAUAUGAAAGAAGCUCAUGGGAAAGCUCAAGACUCUAUUUACCGCCAAAGGAAUCCGGUUGGUCCAGAGAUGCAAGUUAAUGGUAGAGGACAUGAGAGAAUGAUAGACCUACACGGGCUCCACGUAAGUGAAGCAAUUCACGUGCUGAAACACGAACUGAGUGUGCUAAGAAGCACAGCCAGAGCUGCGGAGCAGCGUUUGCAGGUUUAUAUCUGUGUUGGUACCGGUCAUCAUACCAGAGGUUCCCGCACUCCUGCAAGACUUCCGAUAGCUGUACAGCGUUACCUACUCGAAGAAGAGGGUCUUGAUUUCACCGAACCACAGCCAGGCCUGAUCCGUGUUGUGAUAUAUUGAGCCAAAAAAGGAGAGGUAUACAAGUUUUUGACAGUGAAAAUCCAUGAACAUAGAGAUGUUGUAGUCAUUCUUGUAUCUGUAUAUGGGAAGAAAUGGCAAUGGCCAACUGAAAAAAAACUGGAAAAAAAAUGUCUUUAGAGAGAAAAAAUGAAAAAGAUUUAGAAGCAAAGAGAAUGGUUGUAGUAGAAUUGUACCAUUAAGGUCUCAAUGAGGCAUAGUCAGCAGGAACACCACGUUAAGUUUUUCCUUCUGUUAAUUUUGUACUCUAAUUUUCAUUUUGUUAAAUUCCUUUUUUGUUA